AUGGCUGACUUUACGCCUGGCUUAUGGGGUAUCUACGGCACCGUCUUCGCUACUCUUGCUCUGGGUUUUACUGAAGGCUGUCUAGAGAUCGAGCGCCACCCGAUACCUCUGCGGUUUGCGUUGCGCUUUGCUGCCGUCAACGUGCUGCCCAGCACCGUGUGGAGUUCCAUCUCGGCCCGUCACGUGGCUGCAGCGUCGGGUGUCCCGUUGUCCACUCUUAUAAGUGAUACAGAUGUCGUAGGCCCUCGGUCUAUAACUAUUGCAAAACGUCUGGUGCUCAUCAAGUCGGUCCGGGCUCUACGUAUCGCGAUGGGAAGCUACGGACUUGCAUGGAGUAUGUGGUGCUGGCACAAGACGGAUCCUGUUAAUAGUAAUAAUGACAAAGUGGAGGUUAUAAAGGAUGAUGAGAGUGUGGUACGUCUUGCGCCCGUAAACUCGCCGCUGUCUCGAGCUUUAAUACAUAAACACGCGAAUCAUAUCGCGAUAGUACCAAUGACUAAAGAGAAUUGGACGAAGUUGGAAGUAAACAAUGCAGUAAAUUUGAAGAAAGUGGGAGCUGACGUGAAGUUGAACAGAGAACAAGAUCAGGAGGAAAGAGUGAAGGUUAUUGAGGUGGAGCUCAGUGAUAUAGAGACGGCAGUGGCUUAUGCUGGUAAAUUGAAAGCUCAGGUGUCGAGAAGCAACACCUCAUUGUUGUAUUCGGUAGCAGUGUUGCCUCCAUAUGGACAGCCGCUACCGACGUCGAUGAUGGAUACGUUUAACGUGUGCUUCAAUCCGUUAUCAGCUGUUCUGACGUUUAUUGCUUCAGUUUGUUAUGAUCGAGGAGAGACGCACGUGUUUCUAGUAACAGAUUAUGAGGAAGGUGGUGAAUGUGGUGAAGCUGAGGAUAUUGCAGAUCGGAAUGCAAAUACUACGAGGCAAUGGCUACCGACGUCACUUUUGGCGACCGGUCUGCUGUAUCGCCACGGAAUUACGACCAGUGUGGUAAAGACUCAAAAGAACAAACCGGUCGAUAAGGAUGCAAAAGGUGAAGCAACGGCGAACCAUGCUGUGGAUUAUAAGUCAGGAGUUGUAUUUUUGAUCGCUAAAAGUCUCGAUGCUGGGAAUACAAUUGCGAGAAAAUUUAUUGAUCAGGGUAUCGUUGUGCAAGAAAAGACAUGCUUUAUUGUUGAAGAAAGUCUGUAUAGUCAGAGCGCAAUAAGUGAAGAGAGUCAAGCUCAAUCUGCGAUGCUGGAGAAGGCCAUGUCAACCGAAACAGAGGAAAACAAACAGGAACCGGCAGCGUACUUCUCCGUCGCAGAUGUGAGUGAUCAGACGCUACAAGGAAUUCGCGAGUUGCUCUGGCAGGGGGAGAAGCCUGAGACCAUCCAAGCAGCGUUAUAUCGAGCUUAUGGAACCCAGCGUGUGGUGGCUCCGACGCGUGUUGACUUGUUUUCCGACCUAGAUCUAUAG